CCAACCCAGAAGAACCUCGUUGAAGAGGACAGCUCUGGAUCUGAUGCAGGGUCAGAGGUUGCCCUGGAACCUGAGACAGACCGCUUUGGCUUCAUUGUGACCAAUGGAUCCACAGCUGGAUCAAAGUGCAGUGUCAGAAAGGCAUCCCAGCCUCCCUCAGAGCUAAGUGCUGGCCUCUGCUGUGUGGGGCUACUGACAGGAUGAAAAGAAACGAAAAUCUCUACAAGUCUCUGGACUCGCAGUCCGCUCUGCAGAGCUGGGUGGACGUGAUUGAGAGAGACCUGGACCGGCAGUUCCCUUUCCAUGAAAUGUUUCUUUCCAAGGAUGGACAUGGACAGCGUGGUUUGUUCCGGGUGUUAAAAGCUUACACUCAGUACCAACCAGAUGAGGGUUACUGCCAGGCACAGGGGCCUGUGGCUGCCGUGCUGCUGAUGAACAUGCCUGCUGAGGAGGCAUUCUGGUGCCUGGUGCAGAUAAGUGAGCAGUACCUGCCUGGAUACUACAGCCCUCUGCUGGAGGGAGUCCUGUUCGACGCGGCCAUGCUGACCUGGGUCUUGAAAAGGACGUGUCCGGCUGCACACAAACACCUGCAGCAUCACGGAGUGGAGCCCCUCAUGUUCGCCACUGACUGGCUGAUGUGUCUCUUCACGCGUCACCUGCCCUUCAACACACUGCUGCGAGUCUGGGACCUAUUUUUCUGUUACGGGGUGCGGGUGCUGCUUCAGGUGGCGGUGGUGCUGGUGCGCCGAGUGCUGGGCCGGGCUGAGCAGAGGAAGCAGUGUCAGGGUCAGGUGGAGACUCUGGAGAGACUGAGGGGUGUCAGGGAAGAGAUUCAAGAGGAAGACGACUCCUUCAUAGCGGAGGUGUGCUCGGUGCCGCUGUCAGCCCGAGAUCUGGAGAAGCAGACGGAGAAAGAGUUACAAAAGUGGAGGAAAGAUAGGCCAUCGUCCACCUUUGACCCCAGAGAUCGCUGCCGGGGAUACCGGACGGUGUGGGAGAGGGCUCGGCAGAACGAGGAGGAACAGGACAGGAAAGAGAGAGAGAAAGGCAACCUGUCCAUCCCUCUUGCUCGCUCGGCUUCUACACUCUCGCUGUCUCCUUCCAUCCUUCACAAGAGAUGGAAAAAAGGGGGGAAAGUUAACGCAGGUGAAAGCGAUGGCGGUGCUGGCAGCGGCAGCAGAAUUGUAAGGCAUCUCUCAAUUGGAGCACAGGAAGACUGGAGGAGCUGGACCGAGUUAAAUUUGAAGAAAGUGGCAGCCUUUCAGGAGGAGAAGGACAUAGUUUCAGAGGAACAUAACGAAGAGAGUGACCCGAAAAUAACAGCACAAACUGAGCAGAAGGAACCUACACAGAAGGAUAGCAUCCAGAGCAUACCGACAGAGCAAGAAGCGGUCACAGUAAAAGAACAGAUCGAACAAACGGAAGAAAGAAUCACUGAAAAUGAGGAAAGCCAACCCAAGGAGAUAGAGCAAAGUCACAUGGUUUCAGAACUGACAGAAGAAACAAAUGUGGAGGCAGAACCAACCGAAGGAGAAAAUAUUCUUCAGUCCACUGAACAUGCCACUCACCACAAACAGGAAGAGGAGUCGGACUCAGACAGCUUAUCACAAGUCCUGGAACAAGAGAGUCCCAAAAGCAGUGAACAGGAAAUUGAGAUCAAAGAGAUCACAGUGAAAGAAACAGCAGAAACUGAACAUGUGGAGGAAAAUCAGACUGAGGUACAGAAAGAUGCUGAUGCAGAUACAGACACAGAGGUGGAGAUGAAGGAAAACGUGCAACAGAUGCAGGCGGACACAGUCAUAGAAGCCUCAGAAACAACUGACACAAGUCCAAGCUCAGACACAAACAGCGAAGUCACAGCUCCAACAGACCCUAUAGUAAAGACAGAGACACAACAGGAACAGCAGGAGGUGAUCACAGAGACAGAAAAGGGCUCACAGGGAGAUGCAUAUGAAGGAAAACACCACAGCACUGAGUCAUUAGCAGAAACAGACACGGAAAAAGAGUCCCACACCCAAACAGUGACAGAUGCUGAUGUGCUGGCUCAGACUCAAGAAAGAGUAGAGGAAAAUGAAGCCACGUGGGACAAAUCAAAGGAUGAAAUAGUACAAACAGAAUCAGAACAACAUAUAGAUUCAAAGACAGAAGCAGAGACAUUAACGCUGUGUUCUCCUGAAUGCACCCAACCAGAGGAAGGCACCGACUGCACAGCUGAUACAGAGACGGAAGCAGAAAUACUCGUUUCAGACAACAUAGUAAGUGAGUCAAGUGAAGCUCAUUGUUCAGAGGAAGUGUGUGACGCAGGAGCAUCUGAACCAACACAGGAAAUGGAAGAGAGAUUUUGGACUGCACACUCACAGGUCGACAACGAUCAAACACAAGCAGAGUUAAUACUCACGGAAACUCAGAUGAAUGAGGAGACUACUCACUCCAUAUCACCACCUUCAGCACAGAGUGAAGAAGUGAAUCUCCUUGCCGAACCUGAUGGGAAGAUGAGUUCAGUAGAAAUGAACACCACUGAGGUACCUGAACCUGAACCUGAACCUGAACCUGAACCUGGACCUGGACCUGGACCUGAACCUGAACCUGGACCUGGACCUGAACCUGAAGCUGAACCUGGACCUGAAGCUGAACCUGAACCUGAAUCUGAACCUGAACCUGAGCAACCAAACAACCAGUCCAUUACGGGUGCUGAGGAGGAGGAGGAAGAAGGCACAGAAAAUGUUCAUGAAAACAUCACAGGAGAGGAUGAUGUCUUCAUUCCUACUGAACCAAAAGACUGUAAUAUUGACACUAAACCACAAGUCCAAGACAAAGAGCCCCACCUUGUGAAGGACCAGGCUGAGCUGAGUAACAGCAGCUUAGCCUCUGGGCAUCGCAGCAGCAGCCGGUCUUCUGGGGAUUUCUGCAUCCGCAGGUCAUCCACCUCCCGUGGCUCCAGGUUAGGACGUAGGCUCUCUGAAGAUCUCUUUACUAUGCCACAGAAAACUAGCCAAACACAAACAAUCCCUAACCAGCCAGAAGUUAAACACACCGAACCUCUGUCCAAUCCUGUAGCGGUAAACCCAUCCCAAACUCCUCCUGAUAUGACUAAGAGUACAGAGGUACAGCAAGAGCAGGAGCCAUCCGAGCCCCCAAAACGUUUUGGUCUCUUCCGCAGAAUGAGAGGAGAGCAGCCCAAAAAGACCAAGGCAAAGGGAACGCCCCAAAUGCAAAUCCCCAAAAUCCUGAUUCAGGACUUCAGUGAUAAAACAGAGACGAAGAAACCAGUUGAGGAGGGGGAGGGGGAGGAGAAACUGAGCUCCAGGGAAAGAAGGAGGCGACGGCGGGAGCGAGAGAGAAGGGAGAAAGAGGAGGAGAAGCUGAGAAAGAAGAGAGAGAAAGAGCAGGACAAGGAGCCAGAAAGGAGGAAACCGCAAACGAGGGGGAAAAGUUUCCAGGCACCAAAAGAGAAACGGAGCAGUGAUGAGCCUCCACCUGCAAAGACUGGAUCACAGACGUUAAGAUAUUCCGCUUCUUAUGCAGAACAUUACUUCUGACAAAACAAAUAUUUGUAUUUGGAUCUGGACGGAUGACGAGGUAUUAACUGAGUAUUUCUGAACUCAACCAGAUCCAUCCGGCUGGGGCACUGGUUUGAGCUUCACAUUGUUUGAUGUGUGGAGCUCCUAAAUCUUUGUCAUACUUGAAUCUUUUGAUGUGUAAAUAAAUCAUGAAUAUUAUUUA